CCCGGCCGGCUAACCCCGCCGCUCGGCGGAGCUCCUCCCCCGCCCCCCCCACGUGGAGCCUCUCGCGGGGUUGCGCGGUUCACUUCCCAAGAUGGCGCGCGUGUUGAAAGUGGCGGCCGCGGCGGCGGCGGCGGCGGGCGCGGUGGGGCUUUUUUCUAGGUUUCAGACACCGGUUUCAAAAGUGAGAACUUUUUCCACAUCACAGUCCUCACUUCAAGUGGCAGGCCCUGUAUGGAACCUGGGUCGACUCAAUCACAUAGCGGUUGCAGUGCCAGACUUGGAAAAAGCCAAGGCAUUUUAUAAGAAUAUUCUGGGGGCCCAGAUAAGUGAGGUGGUCCCUCUUCCUGAGCACGGAGUAUCUGUUGUUUUUGUCAACCUGGGAAACACCAAGAUGGAGCUGCUUCAUCCAUUGGGAAAUGACAGUCCAAUUGCAGGUUUUCUGCAGAAAAACAAGGCUGGAGGAAUGCAUCAUAUCUGCAUUGAGGUGGAUGAUAUAAAUGCAGCUGUGAUGGAUUUGAAAGAGAAGAACAUCCGUAGUCUCAGUGAAGAGACCAAAAUAGGAGCACAUGGAAAACCAGUGAUUUUUCUCCAUCCUAAAGACUGUGGUGGUAUUCUUGUGGAAUUGGAGCAAGCUUGAUUUAUAUUUGCAAGAAACUUAAAAAAUUCCCACCUAAAUAUUCUGAAAUUCCCCAUCAAAUUAUACUCCAGCAUUGAAUCCUUCACACCUUCCGUCACUUAAAAAUUCACUAUUAAAGGGCACUUUGACUGGA